UUCCCUGGUAAACGGCGCCCUCGACACAGCGGGUGCAAGAGAAGCAGCCGGAGAAAGUGCAUGGCUCUGUCUGCUGCGUGCCUGCAGCACCAGUUCUAAAAGCACAAGACUUCUAGGCUGCGAUGGAGCACGUGUUCACUCCACUGGAAUGUCUGCUGCCAACUGGAAACCUGAAGAUUUGCCUGCUGAUCCUUAACCAGCCUUUGAACAAAGGUCAUUUACAUAAUCUGUGGAACAGAGCUGUUCUGAGAGCAUGUGCUGAUGGAGGUGCUAAUCGCCUGUAUCAUAUCACAGAAGGAAACCGUGAAAGCUUUUUGCCUGAUUAUAUCAGUGGAGACUUUGACUCUAUAAUGCCUGAAGUAAAGAAGUAUUAUGCAGACAAAAGAUGUGAGCUCAUAGAGACCCCUGAUCAAGACCUAACAGACUUCACCAAGUGCCUUCAGAUACUCCAGCAGAAGAUAGAGAAGAAUGGCUUGCAGAUCAACAUGAUUGUAACCUUGGGUGGACUUGGAGGACGCUUUGACCAAAUCAUGGCAUCUGUGGAGACUCUCUUCCAUGCAGUUAAGAUAACGCCCUUUCCCAUCGUAGUUAUUCAGGACCUUUCCCUGAUAUACCUGCUUCAACCUGGAAAGCACAAACUGCAUGUCAGCACAGGACUAGAAGGCAAGUGGUGCGGCCUCAUCCCUGUUGGGAGCGCUUGCGACUGUGUUACCACGACUGGCCUCAAAUGGAACCUCAAUGAAAGCAUUCUCAAGUUUGGAACACUAGUCAGCACUUCAAACACUUAUGAUAAGUCUGGGGUUGUAACUGUAGAAACUGACAAGCCUCUGCUUUGGACAAUGGGUAUCAAAGAUACAUAAUGCACUUAAAAGGAUAAAUCACCUGAUUUUGUUCAGCCCAAGCCUUAAAGUGACAUGUGCCAGAAACCUUCAACCAUAAAUGACUCCUUUUAGCUUUACAAAAAUUCAAAAUCGUACAUUUCCGCUUAUUUUUAUGCAGCUUCAGUCUAGAAAAUGCUGGGAUUUUUGUUUUUUAUUGUUGGAGUGAUGCUGUAAUUUUAACAUUUUAAAAAAUCUAAAAUUAGAUUUAUUUUUGGACAUAUGUACAGUUUUGUAUGGGGGGAUGGUAAACCUCAGUGAAUGUAUAGUAUCUCAGAACAAUUAGCUUUCACUGAAACAUCCUCAAAGAUCCGUCUUCAGCAUUUGGCGACUGCUUAUGAGCAUACUUAGGCCAGUGUGCAAGUCAGGAGCCAAAUGAUUCAAACAAGGAGAAUGUACAGAAAGCCUCAGUAAACUUCUUUUCCCCAACCGCCGGCAUUAGAGAACAUCAGGUUCUCUGCUGUUCAUAAAGAACCUUGUUGAUAUUCAUGCUGUGGAAGAUGCAAAGAUGCCUGGCUCUGUUGGGCUUGGUCAUCCACCCCGAAUGCCAUUUUUCUUGUAAGAAAGGUAGAGCACAAACUGAGUAAAUAAAGUUAAAGACAGGCACAUGCCAAAAAUGGGAGAUGAAGAUGGGGUGGAUGGGGAAAAUGCCUACUGUGUAAUUUGAUAUGCAGUUGUGCGUGUGGGUUCCUCUUUCUAUGUAUACAUAUAUACACACAUGUACAUGAGUGUAUGUACAUAUAGAAUGGGGGUACACAUAAGGACACUUUGCAACUUUUCAUAAAUGAGUUGUGUUAUGUCUAUCACUAGAAAUGGAAUUAAGGCAGAGCAAAUCCCAUUCAUUGUCAAUUUAAGCAGCACUGUUAGUAUGUUAAUCUGCCCUUGUUUUAAUCUGUAAGAACCAAUGUAACACAUUUGAAACUUGAAGCACUUUGUCUUAAUCGCCAGAGCAUUCAUUUCACUGUAAAUGAAAA